AAGAGCUGUAGUUGGUUAGCCGGUUAGGUAGUGAGUGAGUAGUUGUUGAGUUAUUUCGCUUCUUCAAAUCGUUAAAGCCCCUAACCCAUCCCCUGUCUGUCUUCUUCUGCUCCUCUCUUUUCUUUCCCUCUCUUGCCUAGUUUCUAACGAAAGAGAAGCAACAAAUCCACCAUUUUUAAUCUUAGAACAAGAAAAUCAAGAAACAGGCAAUGUUUUCGGUUAGAUCAAUCUUUCGACCGCAACAAUUAAGACCAUCUUCUCUUUUUUCAUUGCAUUCUCCAUAUUCGUCUUCAGCUUCAGCUGCUGCAACUCAAGCUGAAAGAACUAUCAAAGAAGGUCCAAGAAAUGAUUGGACCCGUCAUGAAAUCAAAGAUGUUUAUGAUUCUCCCCUUCUUGAUCUCCUUUUCCACGGAGCUCAAGUGCAUAGGCAUGCUCAAAACUUUAGAGAAGUGCAGCAAUGCACUCUGCUUUCUAUUAAGACUGGUGGAUGCAGCGAGGAUUGUUCAUAUUGUCCUCAAUCUUCAAGAUAUAAAACUGGACUUAAAGCUCAAAAGCUUAUGACCAAGGAUGACGUAAUGGAGGCAGCCAAAAGGGCAAAAGAAGCAGGUAGCACACGUUUUUGUAUGGGUGCUGCAUGGAGGGACACAGUAGGGAGAAAUACCAACUUUAAUCAGAUCCUUGAUUAUGUAAAAGAAAUAAGGGAUAUGGGCAUGGAGGUUUGCUGCACUUUGGGCAUGCUAGAGAAGCAACAGGCUCAAGAACUCAAGAAAGCUGGCCUUACAGCUUAUAAUCAUAAUCUUGAUACCUCAAGAGAAUAUUACCCAAAUAUUAUCACCACAAGAACUUACGAUGAACGCUUGCAAACCCUUGAAUAUGUCCGAGAAGCAGGAAUUAAUGUCUGUUCAGGAGGCAUAAUAGGGCUUGGAGAAGCAGAGGAAGACCGUGUUGGUCUUUUGCAUACAUUGGCAACACUCCCUACCCAUCCAGAGAGUGUUCCAAUCAAUGCACUAGUUUCAGUGAAAGGUACACCUCUACAAGAUCAAAAGCCAGUUGAAAUAUGGGAGAUGAUUCGAAUGAUUGCUACUGCACGAAUAGUCAUGCCAAAAGCAAUGGUCAGAUUGUCAGCUGGCAGAGUCCGUUUCUCAAUGCCUGAACAAGCUCUCUGCUUUCUUGCUGGUGCAAAUUCUAUCUUUACUGGUGAGAAGCUGUUGACAACUCCUAACAAUGACUUCGAUGUUGAUCAACAGAUGUUCAAGGUGCUUGGUUUGAUACCAAAAGCUCCUAGUUUUUCCGAAGACGAAGAGAUAGCUUUUGAAUCAGAAAAUUGUCAAGCUGUUUCUAGCUCAGGUUGAAAUUACUAGUUUGAGUAGGUGUCUAUGUAAUUGUCAUCUAGGCAAAUACCCUCUUAGUUUUGAGUUCCAAUACUGAAGUCUUUCAAUAUUAUUCUUAAAUUAAUUUUGUAAUAUUUUUCUAUUCAAAUUAAACCGAAUCAAUAGGGUUCAAAGAAUUGUGAAAACAUCAACCAUCUCUUUCUCUUGUUACGCUAUUAAAUUGAGUCUGAAUUCAAAUAUUA